GGAUCUUGAAGAGAUUGGAAGGUAGUGAUUCGAUAAGGGGAUUAUAGAGAGAGAGAAAGAGAGGGAGGGAAAGAGACGGAGAAAGUCUCUCUGAAGCCGUAGUUGAGACUGAGAUCGAUCAUUGCCUCGAUCAUCUGUCUUUGAUUUCGCAGCAUAGAGAGAGAUAGAGAGAGUGAGAAUGGGAGAGGUAGCGCGCAGAGGAUGUUGUCCUCCGAUGGAUCUGUUUCGUUCGGAGCCGAUGCAACUGGUUCAGCUCAUCAUCCCAAUCGAAUCCGCUCACCGCACUGUCUCCUACCUCGGCGACCUUGGCCUUCUUCAGUUCAAAGAUCUCAAUGCAGAUAAGAGUCCUUUUCAGCGAACAUAUGCAACUCAGAUAAAAAGAUGUGGAGAGAUGGCUCGGAGACUGCGUUUCUUCAAGGAGCAAAUGUUGAAGGCAGGUGUUUCACCAAAAUAUUCCACAACACCAGUUGAUGUGAACAUUGAUGACCUUGAGGUAAAACUUACAGAAAUUGAGUCAGAGUUAGUUGAGAUGAACGCAAAUGGUGAGAAGUUGCAACGUUCAUACAAUGAGCUUGUGGAGUAUAAGCUUGUUUUACAGAAGGUACUGUGCCUAUAAAGAAUACUAUGAUUU